CAAAUCUACUGAUCUGGCUUCAGAAGAGGAUAUUAUUUCAAAUAGUAAGGCAAAAAAGACUGGAGAGAGAAAAUCGAAAUCCAAGGCUAUUCGUAUAUCUGAUUCUAUUUUAUCUACUGAAUCUUCCAAAGAUAUCUUGGAUUUCUAUAAGAGAACUGCUCCUGAAAUAGAAAAAAUUAAAGCAUUUGAUCAUGUUCUUAUCUUGCCUUCUUGCAAUUCUUACUCAAAGUUAGAAA